AUGAAAAACUUGAUUCGAAAACUAUCAUUCCGUAAUAAAUCGCCUGGCGUUCUCAAAAAGAGCUCAUCCGCUUUGAUGAAACUAAUGAAAAGUUCGGAAAAACUCGACGAUAUUCAACAACAACAAAAUAUUAUGAAUAGUUUGCCAUUGGAUAUGUUGAAAAUCAUCGUGGAUCGAAUGAAUUUUUUCGAACAAAUGAAAAUGACAAGAAUUUGUAAGGAAAUGAACUCGUAUUUGAUGGAAAAAUGGAGAAUGGUCAGUUUUUUGUCAAUGAAAAUAUAUGGGUUUGGUUUUAUCAAAAGAUCAAACCGGUUAAGUUAUGACGUGAAACUGUCCAUGACAGAAAAAUAAAGAUCCCUUUUUGCAAGGCCGUAACAUCCGUUUUUUAUUCGGGGAAAAUAAAUUGUACAAAAACUAGAAAAUGAGAAGUUUUAGAUAUUCACGUGAAAUUUGACGUAAAACUAAUUUUUAGGUUAAUAUCCUUUUUAUUUCAUUUUCAAAUUUUAGAAAAAUUUUGAUAUUUCGGAGUAUCUCUGUAGGGUGACUUAAGAUUUUUAUACCAAUUUUUGUGUGAUAAAAAAUUCUCUAAAGUUAGAGUUUUGCAAAAAAAAAUCUUGUAGGUUUAGAUUUAAAUGUUCUAAAUGUUUUUUUCUAAAAUUACGGUAGGCUAACAUUUUCAAAGUUUGUUUUCACUUUCAAAAAUCAUCCUACAGUAACCCAACCAUGUCAAAGGGUGAUAACAAAAUAUUCGACGAAUGUGUGACUUUUUCUACAAUACAAAUCAUAAUAAACACAACACACAAUUGAUAAUAACCACUAGAUACAUCCUUUCGAAUAAAAAACGGAAGAAUGUGUGUGAUCAAUCAAAUGGUUCAUAUUACAGAUCAAAAAACUCGAUAUUCGUAAAAAAGAUAUAAAUGAGGCGACAUCUUCAUCCAAUUGGCACAGACAUUCAAAAUCCUAUGUUGCAAUUCAAAUAAUCGACGAUACCGCUUUUAUGGUAAUCGAUGAACAAUGGACAAGUGGAGAUUUGUAUGUGCUUCUUUCAAUGAUGCAUUUGUUUCAUGAUUGGGUUGAAGUUGUUGAAAUGGAUGCACCAAUUGCAGAAUUGGUGAGUUAGAAAUAAACAUUCGGUGAAGAAAUCGAACCAGGAUCAGUUUUUGAGCACUCGAAAAUGAAUUAGAUUUUCUAGUCACAGCUAGUUGAGAACUAGGCGCUGAUCCUUGACAAUUAAACUAUCUAUGCUCGGCUACAUAGCAUAGAUCUAUUCUAUAGAAGAACAAACAGAUUCAUUCCGAAAUGAAAAAUAUUCGUUUCAGACAGUUGUUUCAUUAUCUGACAUCACUCUCGAAAAAUGGUACACCUUCCAAUGUUUAAUGAAAGCAUUCAACAAUUUCGACACCGAUUUCCAUCUCGAAAGCGAUUUCAUUUCGGAUCGUCAAAUCUAUUGGCCAUGUGUUCGAGAAUUAACAAUUCGAACAAAAGCUGCACAAGCAAAUCAUUUGGCGCGAGUUUUGGAUUACGGUGUAAAAAGUGCAUAUGUUGUUGACAGAAAAUUGUUGGAUAAAUUACGAAUUGUAUUCGAUGAUAUGGAAGGAAUGACAAACAAAAUUGUCAACAAACAUAUUUAUCACUUCAGAUGUUGGGCUGGAAGUGUUGGAUGGGAUCAUCGAUAUGAAACCCAAUUUCUUGGAAAAGUCUAA